AUGCUGCACGCACUGUCCUUCACGAGUAUACUAAUUGACGAGUGUGGUCAAGCGGUCGAGCCGGAGUGUUUGGUUCCUAUCGUUCGAAAUCCUUCGCGUUUAGUUCUCGUUGGUGAUCAAUGCCAAUUGGGUCCGGUGGUUCACUGUCAAGAAGCGAUAGAUGCAGGAUAUGAUAUGAGCCUUUUCGAACGCCUUAAAAAGCUUGGCGCACCCCUGGUCCGAUUAGACGUAAGUAUCAACAACAACCGUCGAUCAGAAACACUGAAGGUUAUGGCUGUGUCGUAA